UGUCUUUUUAAAUUUUGAAAAAGAAAAAAAAGUAUCCAACACAGUGGCAGUUGCAGUGACAAGGUUAGCAUCGAUUCCGAUUCUCUCAGUCUCAGUCAGGAAAUUAAGUUUGGUGGCAAAGUUAAGAAAUGGCAGAUCUGAGUUUGGGAGUUCUAAUUGAUAUUGUUGAUGAGGAUUGGAUGAGAGACACUCUCCCUGCUGAUGAUCUUCCACUACCUCCAACACUGGUUGUUCGGACGGAUGAUACUGAGGACUCAAAUCAGGAAGCGCAGCAAGUUAACGGGGAAGUUUGGCACGAUCUUGCCCAUGGCCAAGAGUAGAAGUUUCAAUUAACUAGUCCCAGUGUAUCAUGCUUAGCAGUAAGUAGAUGAUAUUGCUUCCAGUUACAGGACUAGGCACCUUUCUAUGUAUGUGAUAGAUAUCAAGAAUUUCGGGUUCAUUUCUGGUUGUUUGCUGUCUUAAAUGUACUCUUUUUAUAUUUGUGCUUUACAUUCUAAAGGCAACAUAUGCGUAAUGAUCGAUUUACUGUCGUGCAUGUCAAAUCUGCAAUAGAUUUUGUUACUAAUGUUUAUAGUGUGAGUAAUGAAAGGAAGGAGAUGGAGUUUAAAUAAUAUCUGUAGUUUUUUUUCAGAAGUUUGAAGGAGUGACCCUCCAAAUUGGGAGGAAAAUGACUUACAAA